AUGGCUUCAUACCUCCUCACGGCGGGUCUCGCGGUCGCGGCGGCGGCCCGCGCUGCUGUGGUGGCGCCCCGGGCGGCCAACUCGACGACGGUCGUCGCGGGGGCCGUCAACAGCACCACGUGCAACGGCAAGCAGUACGUCUACGAGGAGCUGGCCGGCUACGGCUUCGUGGUCUCGGACGCGGUGGACAAGUUCGGGGACAACCUCGGCGGCCUGGGCAGCGCUAUCCACAUGGAGAAGAAGUCGUGGAAGAAGAGCUGCAAUGGCACUUACACCGGCACGCUGUGGAGUCUGCCGGAUCGUGGAUGGAAUACUGAGGGAACGCUGAAUUUCCAGCCCCGAGUCCACAAGUUCACAGUGACUCUGGCUCCAGCACACAACGCCACGGUCGCCAAUCCCUCAGCUCCGAACCUCCAUCUCACAUACCAGGACACCAUUCGCUUCUCGGGCCCCGAUGGCACGCCCGCUACUGGUCUAGAUGCUGAUGCGUCGGGUCAUCUGUCGUACCCAGGCUUCCCUGACUUGCCCGUCGCCACUUACACCGGUGACGGCUUCGGCGGUGACGGGCCUGGAGGAAAGAGGAUCCCCAUCGACUGUGAGGGCCUGGCUGUCAACGACGACGGCUCGUUCUGGGUCUCGGAUGAAUAUGGACCUUACGUCUAUCUCUUUGACCACAGCGGCAAGAUGCUGACUGCUAUCCGACCCCCGGAUGCCAUCAUUCCCUUCCGUAACGGGACUGAGUCCUUCUCCGCAGCUAGCCCACCUCAUUACAUCGACAAUGGUGAGGGACCUCUCCCCAACCCUGAACAUCCGGACACUGGGCGUGACAACAAUCAUGGAUUUGAGGGCCUGUCAGUCUCGGAGGACGGCAAGACUCUAUGGGUUCUCCUGCAAGCUGCUACUGUGCAAGAAGGUGGCCUAGAGAAGCAGACACAGCGUUACACGCGCUUCCUCAAAUACGACAUCUCUACGCCUCUGAAGCCGAUGUACAAGGCCGAGUACAUCGUGCCCCUGCCCGCCUACGUCGACCCGACGGCCAAGGCUUCCAAGAACCCCAAGAUCGCCGCGCAGUCCGAGGUCCACGCGCUGCCGAACGGACAGUUUUUCGUGCUCUCACGCGACGGCGGCGCCGGCCACGGCCAGGAAAACUCCCAGAGCCAGUACCGCAACAUCGACGUCUUCGACAUCUCGGCGGCGACCGACAUCAAGGCCGCGGGUCAGGGGUACGACGACGAGGGCGGCGCCGUGGCGGACACGAAGGGCGUGCUGCGGCAGGGCGUGCAGGCGGCCGAGUACUGCGCGUUCCUCGACUUCAACGUCAACGCGCAGCUGGGCCGGUUCGGGCUGCACAACGGGGGCACCCAGGACGCCGCGCUGCUGAACGAGAAGUGGGAGUCCAUCGCCGUCGUGCCCGUCGACCCGCGCCGCCCCGACGGCGACGAGCACUUUGUCUUCAGCCUCAGUGACAACGAUUUCAUCACGCAGAAUGGGUUCCUGAACGAUGGGAGGUUCCGGUACGCGGACUCGACCGGGUUCAACCUUGACAGCCAAGCCCUGGUGUUCAAGGUGAAGAUCCCCAAGUAG